CCGCCCCGCCCCCGCCGGGCGUGUGUGUCGGGUGCGUCUGGGGCCCGCGCGGCUUGCGCGCCCUCAGCCUUUGCGCCUCCGGCCCCCGGAACCCGGCUGCGGCCCCUGCGCCCCUCGUCCCGCCGGGCGUCGCGGGCCAACAUGGGCCAGGAAGAGGAGCUGCUGAGGAUCGCCAAGAAGCUGGAGAAGAUGGUGGCCAGGAAGAACACGGAAGGGGCCCUCGACCUUCUGAAGAAGCUGAACAGCUGGCAGAUGUCCAUCCAGCUACUCCAGACCACCAGGAUUGGAGUUGCCGUGAAUGGGGUCCGCAAGCACUGCUCUGACAAGGAGGUGGUGUCCUUGGCCAAAGUCCUCAUCAGAAACUGGAAGCAGCUGCUGGCACCCCCCAAAGGAGAAAAAAGAGAGGAAAGAGUAAAAGCAAAGAAGAAGGAAAAAGGGCUUGACUGUUCAGAUUGGAAGCCAGAGACAAGCCUUUCUCCACCAAGGAAAAAACGAGUGGAAGAGCCCAAAGACAGGAGAGACUCUGUGGACUCCAAGUCUUCGGCCACCUCCUCUCCAAAAAGACCAUCGAUGGAAAGAUCAAACAGCGGCAAAUCGAAAGCAGAGACUCCCAGAACACCCAGCAGCCCCUCGAGCCCCACCUUUGCCCCCUCUGUCUGCCUCCUGGCGCCCUGCUAUCUCACGGGGGACUCUGUCCGGGACAAGUGUGUGGAGAUGCUCUCCGCGGCCCUGAAGGCGGACGACGAUUACAAGGACUAUGGGGUCAACUGUGACAAGAUGGCAUCAGAAAUCGAAGACCAUAUCUACCAGGAGCUCAAGAGCACAGAUAUGAAGUACCGGAACCGCGUGCGCAGCCGAAUCAGCAACCUCAAGGACCCCAGGAACCCCGGCCUGAGGCGGAACGUGCUCAGCGGGGCCAUCUCCUCUGGGCUCAUUGCCAAGAUGACGGCAGAGGAAAUGGCCAGUGAUGAGCUGAGGGAGUUGAGGAAUGCCAUGACCCAAGAGGCCAUCCGUGAGCACCAGAUGGCCAAGACAGGCGGCACCACCACCGACCUCUUCCAGUGCAGCAAAUGCAAGAAGAAAAACUGCACCUAUAACCAGGUGCAGACACGCAGUGCUGAUGAGCCCAUGACUACCUUUGUCUUAUGCAAUGAAUGUGGCAAUCGCUGGAAGUUCUGCUGAUAGAACCACCAGCCAGGAUUUCAGUGAACAAGGUGAGGAAGAACAAAGAGAAAGCACUAAGCCAUCGUAACUGGAGAAAAAUAAAAAUUAAAAUGAAGAAAAGAACUUAACUCUGAAUGGGACAUUAAGGAUCAGAGGGAGAAUGCUUUUACAAUUAAUAAUCAGUUAUUAAUAGUGAUUGACUAAUAGGGGGAGGCUAAUUGGGGUACAAUGCUUAGUCCGUGUUGACAGACCCCUUGUAGAAACUCAGAGCCUCAGAGCUGAGGUGCCGUAUCUUUGACAGUGACUGGCAGACCUUUGCUUUGAGUCCCUUCCUUCACAUCUGAACCUCUCGGCCUUUUCUGAGUUGAAAACUACCAGACCGACUCAAAUCUUACCCAGCCCACCAUGAAUCACACGUGCAGAACAGUUGGCACAUGGUUUGGCUUAGGCAGAUAUGACUUCCACAUCAUGUAGAAAGAUUUCUUUCCCACUCAUCUCUUCCCAGACUCUCUGCUAUUCCCUGUUCCUAGCUUGUUUGGGGGCCUCUGAGGACUUGUGCAGGGCACAAGGGCCCUUGUUGUGUUUCUCCCGUGAUGAAAUUGGCUUGCUUUUUAAGCUGAUAGGAAUUUUAGGCAAAUCUGGAACCUUCUGGAAAAGCCUUGGGGGCAGGUCUGGUGGGUCUGUCCUGGGUCUCAGUCUCUGACUGUCCCUGGCCUUCCAGCAGCCCCAGGCUGAGGCUCCUGGACUGUGUUUUCUAAAAUAAUUAAUGCGUAGGAGCUUGUGAACUCCUGGGAGCUUGGGCAAGUCACUUAACCUCUCUGAGCCAUUUCCUUACCCAUUAAAAAUGGGAGUGGUACUAGUGCCUGCUUCAUAGAGUUUCCAUCUGCCUUGGUUCACACUUAGGGUAGCUGUUGGGGUAACUUCAGUCCAAGUUUCUUAUGUGCCCUGGCGGAAUUGGUUAUCACCUUCCUCCUUCCACCCAAGUGCCUCCUCCUGUAGAUGAAGCCUGUAAAUAAACUGUGUACAGAAACCUGCCACCAUGUCCAGCUUCUCAGCAGUCAGAUUUGGGGUGGGUCCUUUGGAAGGAAUGAAAAUCCUCUCACAUGAGAUACAAUACACACAGCUC